AUGGAGGCAAAUCAAACUAUGCUAAGCAUUCUAAUGUUUCCAUGGUUGGGGCAUGGACAUGUAUCCCCUUAUAUUGAACUAGCCAAGAAUCUUUCAAAGAAAAACUUCAAAAUAUACUAUUGUUCAACGCCUGUCAAUCUCGAUUCAGUUAGAGGAGCCCUUGCUAGGAGCUCAGAUAGCCCCACAAUCCAUCUAGUCGAGCUUCAUCUGCCAUCAUCACCCGAGUUUCCUCCGGAGUACCACACCACGAAAAAUAUACCACCAACUCUCAUUCCCAAACUCUUUGAGGCAUUUAGCCAAUCAAAAUCAAGUUUCUAUACCAUAGUUUCCUCCCUUAAACCUGAUAUGGUGAUAUACGACAGAUUUCAGCCGUGGGCGGCCUCAGCUUCCUCGUCUCUAGGCAUUCCCGCCGUUAAUUUUACACCAGGAGCAGCUUCAGUGCAUGCAUUUUACUACCACCUCUUAAGAAAGAGUGAUUCUCCAUUCCCUUAUGAUGCAUUGUAUCUUCAAGACUAUGAAGAAAGGCCCUCUCAAAACGCAGUUGUGUCAAAGAUCAUCCAGGAAGAUGAUAAAAAUUCUGGAUUUGCUCAUUUCGAGCUAUCUCAAGACAUUAUCUUGGUAAAGACAAGCAGAAGUUUCGAAGGGAAGUACAUGGACUACUUAUCAGUUUUGCUGCAGAAGACAAUUGUCUCUGUUGGUCCACUUAUUGCACGAGCAGCGGGUGAGGAUGAUGAUUCAGAGAUCUUGCAAUGGCUGAGCAGCAAGAGCCAGUUUUCAACUGUUUUCAUCUCUGCCGGGAGUGAGAACUACUUGUCCAAGGACCAGAUGCAAGAGGUAGCUAAGGGGCUGGAGAUAUCCAAGGUGGACUUUAUAUGGGUUGUGAGGUUUCCUCAAGGCGAGAGAGUUUCUCUAGAUGAGAUGCUGCCAAAGGGAUUUCUCGACAGAGUGGGAGAGAGAGGCAUGAUUGUUCAAGGAUGGGCACCGCAGGAUGGCAUUCUAGCACAUCCUAGUGUUGGGGCUUUUGUGUCUCAUUGUGGUUGGAACUCUACACUCGAGAGCAUUCAUUUUAGUGUGCCGGUAAUAAGCAUACCAUUCAAGCUUGACCAGCCACUGAAUGCUAGGUUAAUGGUCGAGGCCGGUGUGGCUAUUGAGGUGGUAAGGAAUGGAAGUGGAAAUUUCAGCGGCAAAGAGUUUGCCAACGCAAUCAAGAAGGUGAUUUUUGAAAAAACGGGCCAAGAAAUGAGGGAGAAGGCUGCAGAACUGAGUGAGAAAAUGAAAAACGAAGAUGAAGGUGUGAUAAAUGAAGCAGCAGAGCAACUGAGGAAAAUUUGCAUGGAGCAUAAGCAGAAGUAG